AAAUGAAACAAUGGCGAUCAAUGAAUCAUAUUUCCCUGGAUCUGUCACGGAAUUCUCAAUACGACGAGGAUGUUUAUACUAUGGAGAUUUGUUUGUUAUAAAUUUUCGAGGAUAUUAUCCGCAACCGAAAGACACUACUAGCACCACUACUGAUUUGAAUUUGUAUGCGACUUAUUUGGAAAUCAUGUUAAAACAAAAGCACAUCGCACAGCGUCUGACUGCAACAACAAAAAACUCACUAAAUGCACUGAUUAGUAACAUGUCCUUAAGUAAUGAAGAUAAUGGGUUAAAACACAAAGCAAGCACACAAUUAGAAAAGUUGCAACUGUUACCUUUCAGAAAGAUAAAAUUCAACAGCAAGCUCUAUCACGAUCAAAAUGAUGCCAAUUUGGUUCAACGGCUAAAGCUAAAGUUUGGGAAAAACUCGAUUUUAGUGAUAGGUAAUUGGUCUGCUCCGAAUACGAAAUUCCAGGAGCCCACAAGAAGUAAAGGCCUAAUCAAAAUGUUGAAGAAGGCAGGAUUUACUGUUCUUUUAAUCGACGAGUUUAAAACGUCCUCAUAUUGCCCUACUUGCGAAAGCGAACUGGAGACAUUCAAGACUGUUGUCAACCCUCGCCCAUACAAAAGAGCCGAUGCACCAACUGUUGAAUGUCACGGUUUAUUAAGGUAGACGAUAAUAAUAAUUGUAGAAUGGAGCUAUUAAUGACUAUAACCACUGGAUUAUUAGAUGUCAAAAUCUUAAAUGUCUUGAUAACGGCGAAAAACAAAGAAGAAAACUCUGGAACCGGGACUUGGCCGCAGUGCUGAACUUUAAGAAGAUAGUUGAAAGCUUACGAGAAACUGGUCGAAGACCAGCAAUAUUUUGCAGAAAAAACACCGAAAUUUUGAAUUUAACAUAACAAUCGUUUUCUGUAACUAAAUUUUCAUUUGUCUAAUUUCUUUUUUUACUUCGUCCAAAAAAGGUAAGCUAAACAUCUGAAAAAUAAUUUUGAUUCGUCCAAAAAAAAUUUAACAUCGUCUGAAUUUGAAGUAGAAAUACUGUA